AUGAGCCAGUACUGUAUCACACCUGCAGAAGUCAUUGAUGCAUGUGUUUCCUUUGCCGAAUGGGAGCAGGAAUUGGAGGAAAUGUAUUACCAGCAUUGUAUUGACAACAUUCAUUUUAUCUGUCCAUGUGUUCACCUCUCAAAUCACAUCACACAAGAAGCAACUCAUGUUGGUGCUCCCAGUUGCUCAUCCCAAUGGCCUCUCGAGCAGACAAUCAGGGACAUCAAGUUCAAUUUGUGCCAACCAUCCAAUGCUAUGGCUAACUUCACUGAGAUCUGUGUUCUUUGUUGUCAGGUAAAUGCUCUCAAGGCCAUCCUCCCACAGUUUGACACCAACGACAAUCUACACCCACAUGGCUCAUUCAAUGUUGGUGAUGGAUAUGUUUUGCUUCAUGGUUGGGAUAAAAAGCCUCAGCAAGCUCAUGGUCUUGAGGCUGCUAUUAUUUCAGAUUUCCUUCAUUGUCCUGCACCAAAAUUCAGAUGGUGGUCAUGUCUUCGACUUCCCAAUGGCCAAAUUGCCUGUUCCACUUGGAGAGAAAAAGAAUCUUCUGCUGAGAAUGUCCGCACAUCUCAUAAUGCCAAGUUCCAUGUUCAUGGUAUUGACUGUUUCGGGGAAGUUCAGUACUUCAUGCAACUUGCAGUAGAGGACAAUGAGCCAGAAGAUGUGGAUGAUGAAUUAUACAACAUGGAUGAAUGA